AUGAAGAGAAAAGCGGGAGCUGCUGCCGGUGCCUCCAAGGCCAACAAUAAAAAGUCAAAGCCUUCUCUAGGCGCCGAGGAAGCUCAGAAGCGGUUCCGCGCUGGUCUUUUUGACCAAAAGGUUCUCAAUUCGUACACGAAACAGUAUGCUCAGUCGGAGCCCUACAAACAUGCCGUCAUCAACGGCCUCGUCGACGAUUCCCUCCUUCGAUCGGUGCGCAGUGAGAUCAAGGCCAACGUCGAAUUCACACCCAAAGAGACCGAUAUUUACAAGAUCCACCAGUCGGGAGACCUCGCCAACCUCGACGGCCUAGACGACGAGUCUCUGGCUAAGCUACCCUCGCUACUCAAGCUUCGUGAUGCCAUCUACUCCGAGAGCUUCCGCAACUAUGUCUCCCAUAUCACCGAUUGCGGUCCUCUGAGCGGUCGCAAGACUGAUAUGGCUAUCAACAUCUACACGCCUGGCUGCUACCUGCUCUGUCACGACGAUGUCAUUGGUAGUCGUCGCGUCAGCUACAUCCUCUACCUAGUCGACCCCGAUACACCCUGGAAGCCUGAGUGGGGAGGCGCACUCCGUCUGUUCCCCGUCCAGGAGAUCAAGGAUAAAGACGGUGAGGUUGCUAAGACGCCGCUGCCCGACGUCUCCAAUGUUAUCCCACCUGCCUGGAACCAGUUGAGCUUCUUCGCCGUCCAGCCUGGCGAGAGCUUUCACGAUGUGGAAGAGGUUUAUCGCGCAGAGACCAAGAAACAGCUCGAGAAGCAGGGAGGUCGCAUUCGUAUGGCAAUCAGUGGAUGGUUCCACAUCCCCCAGAUUGGAGAGGAGGGCUACAUCAAGGGCGAGGAGGAAAGAAACGCCAAGAACAGCGGCCUGAUGCAGCUUCAGGGAAAUCCUGCUCAAUAUGAUAUGCCCAAGCCCCAGGUUAUGAAGGUCGACAAGCAGACAAAUCAAGAGGGCUUUGACGAGGCGGAUCUUGAAUUCUUGCUCAAGUAUAUCUCACCUGCAUACCUGGUACCCGACGCCCUGGAGGAGAUCUCUGAGACUUUCAACGAGAUGUUCGAGAUCACCUUGCCAGACAUCCUGGGCAAGAAGUUUGCUCAGCGCCUUAGGGACUAUGUCGAGGCUGAAGAGAAGAAGCCUACACCAGAGGAUACUCCCACAAUAGAAAAGACUUCUUCAUGGCGUGUGGCCAAGCCUCCUCAUAAAGCUCGUUAUCUCUACCAGCAACCUAGUGGACCCGACAAGCUUCGCACGUCGAAAGAAGAGUCACCUAUCACCGAGCUUCUCGACAUCUUCUUGCCCAGUCGCCAGUUCCGCCAAUGGCUUCAGAUGGCUACCAAUACCACUGUUGAGAGCGCAGAUCUCCUUGCCCGUCGCUUCCGUCGCGGCUUGGACUACACACUGGCCACUGGCCAUGAGGGUAAGGCGCGUGUGGAAAUCAACCUCGGUUUUUCACCUUCAUCAGGCUGGGGUGAGGACGAGGAGGAAGACGAGGAAGAGGAAACCGAGAAGCAGAACGGCAAGAACACUAAGGGCAAAGGUAAGGCCAAAGCCAAGGCCGUCGAGAAGAAGAAGGAAGUAGAGGAAGUGCCUGAAGUAGGCGGUCAAGAAAUCUUCAUGUCUGGUGAUGACGACGCCGAUGAAGAUGCAGCCGUGUACAAGGCUGGUGGUGAUGAUGACAACAUUCUCUUCUUCCAGGCCCCGUCAUGGAACAAGAUGACUAUUGUCAUGCGCGACAGUGGUAUCCUCAAGUUUGUCAAGUAUAUCAGUAAGAGCGCCAAGGGCGACCGAUGGGACAUCUCUGGUGCCUUUGAGGUCGAGGAGGAGGAGGAGGAUGAUGAUGAUGCUGGCGAAGGUCCUGCGCCAGACGACGAUGAGGAGGAGGAGGAGGAGGAGGAGGAGGAGGAGUUCCAAGGCUUCUCACCAGACAGGGCAGAGAGCGACUCUGAUUAA